CCCAUCUCAGCACCCCUCCCGUCAAAGACGUCCCUGCCACCACCCCUCUUUGCAUGCAGCUCCCCCCACAGGGAAGGAGGCUGCCAGGCGCCCACAGCCCAUAAGCCCCUGGGUGCGUUGUGGGGGGGGGGACACACCUUUGGGUGUUGGGGGGUCCCCGGCUGAGCCAUGCAAGUUUCCAUCGCCUGCACGGAGCAGAACCUGCGGAGCCGGAGCAGCGAUGACCGGCUGUGCGGCGGGGGGACGCGGGGCCAGGGCAGCGGGGGGCAAGGCAAUGGGGGGUACCAACCCCCCGGCAAGGGACCCCGGCUAGCCAUGGGGCCGCGGGCUCCAGGGCAGAACCUGCCCCACAUCGCCUUCCUGCUGAGGGAGUCCACCGGCCGAGCCACGGGCAUGAACUACAGGAACCUUGGCAAAUCGGGGCUUCGCGUUUCCUGUCUCGGCCUGGGUACUUGGGUAACAUUUGGGUCGCAGAUCUCAGAUGAGAUGGCGGAAAAUGUGCUCACCAUCGCUUACGAGAACGGGGUCAACCUCUUUGACACGGCCGAGGUCUAUGCUUCUGGCAAAGCAGAAAAAACAUUGGGGAAUAUCUUGAAGAGCAAAGGAUGGAGGCGUUCGAGCUACGUUGUCACCACCAAGAUUUACUGGGGAGGCCAGGCUGAGACGGAGAGAGGCCUGUCGCGGAAACACAUCAUAGAGGGGCUCAAAGGCUCUUUGCAGCGGCUUCAACUGGAGUACGUUGACAUUGUCUUUGCUAACCGGAUGGAUGCCAACAGCCCCAUGGAAGAAUGCGACCCGAACUUCCGAUUGCUCUUGCUGGAAGAAAUUGUACGUGCCAUGACUUACGUGAUCAACCAGGGGAUGGCCAUGUACUGGGGCACCUCUCGCUGGAGCGCAAUGGAAAUCAUGGAGGCGUAUUCCGUGGCACGGCAAUUCAACCUCAUCCCACCUGUGUGCGAACAGGCAGAGUACCACAUGUUCCAGCGGGAAAAGGUGGAGACGCAGCUGCCAGAGCUCUACCACAAGAUUGGAGUGGGAGCCAUCACCUGGUCCCCGUUGUCUUGUGGACUUAUCACAGGGAAAUAUGAGGAGCGGGUGCCUGAAAACUGCCGUGCCGCCAUGAAGGGGUACCACUGGCUGAAGGAGAAAUUGCAGAGUGAAGAUGGGAAGAAGCAGCAGGCCAAAGUGAAGGAGCUCCACCCGAUCGCAGAGCGCCUGGGAUGCACAGUGGCGCAGCUGGCCAUUGCCUGGUGCCUCCGCUCUGAAGGCGUCAGCUCUGUCCUUCUCGGGGUCUCCAGCACCGAACAGCUCAUUGAGAACUUGGGGUCCAUCCAGGUUCUGACUCAGCUGACGCCCCAGGUCGUCCAGGAAAUUGAUGCGCUCCUGGGCAACAAGCCCAAUGCAAAAAAAGAGUCCCGGGCGUAGGGACACAUUGGCGCCCGGGACGUUGCACGCUGUUGUCCCAAAGGACUGCAUCGCCUCCUGCUCCUCCUCUGGGGGGCUCCUGGCCCCACCUACCUACCCCUCCCUGCCCCACAUGCUCUCCCACCAGCUGCCGCCUCUCAACUUGGCAGGGGUGGGCAAGGAGGAGCCGCUUUGCGCAUGAGAACCAAAUAACCGUAUACUUCCACGGCGGGCGAAGUGGGAGGGCGCCGGCGGGUUAGCGCCUGCCCCCCAAAGCCGUCUGCUUAGAUUACAGUACAAAUAAUAAGAUAAGGCAUGAGCAAUCCAGCUAUGGGAUCGGCGGGUAAGAGGCACCGCCUCCCGCUAGUGCCGGAACUGCCGGCCGCUUUGCCUCUCUCUUUCCCAUAUCAAUACGCCUGGUUUUUAAACAUGGGGUGGGCACAGCGCAACGAGGCAAAAUGGGGGGAGUGGGGAAAACAAGCACACAGCUGGUGUAUGAUAACAAUUGAGCAUCCUUAGUGCAUAUUUACCCCCGCCGACCAAAGUCCCGUGUAGCGUUAUGAAUCACUCCAUUUACUUUACUUUUCUUUUCUCCUCAGCAUCUUGUGCUUUCGAUGAGGGGACACCCCACCAGCAUCAUUUGCGGGUUUUAUGAUGUUUUGAAGGACCGCAGAGGAGCCAUCUUGGGCACGACCCAGUGGGAAGUCCUCUCGGCUAAAAGAAUGGGAGCUGCGCAUGAGCGGGAGGGGCGCCAUUUUGGAUUUCCUGCCUCAGGCACCAAAAUGUCUUAGGCCGGCCUUGUGUGAAGGCCCCAGUGAGGACAUAGCUCAGAUAGCCCCUGUCUGUGGUGGGGAUAUUGGGAAGGGACCGUCCCCUUCACCCCAAUUCUUCAAAUUUAACCUUUCUAGAGUCCUUUUUCGGAUACAAUUAUCAGCUUUCUUCCCCUACCCAUCUUUUAUUUCCACUCACCCUCCUCCCCC